AUGGGUCUGAAGAAGAUGAUGUCUAUUGAAUUAAAACGUGAAAUCAUAGAAAAACAUGAGCAAGGUGUGCGAGUAAUUGACUUGGCGAGGAUGUACGGGCGUAGCACAUCAAUGAUACAUACUGUGCUUAAACAGAAUGAGUUGAUAAAGGGUAUAACGCCAGCUAAGGACGUUACAAUAAUUUCUAAGCUCCGGACCUCUCUCCAUGAAAAGAUGGAGAAACUACUGAUGGUGGGGGUGACAGAGAAGCAGCUUCAAGGAGUAAGCUUAAUACAAAGCAUCAUAUGUGAGAAGGCACUAGCGAUUUCCGGUGAUUUGCUGAAGCAGAUCCCACACACUUCCACAAAUGAGGAAUCGAAAGACUCGUUUAAAGCCAGUCGGAGCUGGUUUGACAACUUUAUGAAAAGGACCGGCAUUCACUCCGUCAUCAGGCAUGGUGAGGCAGCAAGUUCGGAUGUGAAGGCAGCUGAAGUUUACAUCAAAACGUUUUCCGAACUGAUAGAAGCCAAAGGAUACAUCCCCCAGCAAGUCUUCAACUGUGACGAGACAGGGCUUUUCUGGAAAAGAAUGCCGAAUAGGACUUACACAGCGGCACAGGAGAAGACGAUGCCAGGUCACAAACCCAUGAAGGAUAGAUUAACUCUAGCACUUUACGCCAAUGCGAGCGGUGACUGCAAAAUCAAGCCAUUGCCUUCGGAAAAUCCCAGAGUCUUUAAGUCACAUAAGAUUUUAAAAGAAAAACUGCCAGUUGUGGAGGGAAAAUCCGAAUUCGUGCGUCACCAGGAAAUUGUUUGUGGUGUGGAUAAACUUGGUGUUUGGCCCUUCUGUUAA